GAAGAACCCAAGGCAGCAGCACCGGUGGAACUGAAGGAAUCGGAAAAGUCAAGAGAGCCGAAGUUACCGGCGAAGCACAAGGAAACCCGGAAAGCGGCCAUGAAGAGAGCGGAGCAAGCCGCAGAAAAGAGCUUGCACGCAGACGCAGAAGGUUCCACCUCUGGUGCAGCUGAGGAAAAAGAGAAGUCUGAGGGUAGUGGCUCAGUCACCGAAGCCAAAGUCGAAGCCAACACUUCUGAGUCACCGAUGCCCGAGGGCUGGCGCCGUUUGGUGAUGCAGCGGCAGGCCGGAGAGACGGCCGGCAGAUACGACGUCUACAUAUUCAGCCCGAGUGGUAAGAAGUUCCGCUCGCGCCCGGAGCUGGCGCUCUUCUUAAAAACGCUGGGCGAUACAGCGCCCUCCGCCGAUGACUUCGACUUCCGUAGCGGCACCGGCAAAAUGGCAGCGGUGGCCGCCAAGAUGCGAGUUGCUUCGCCCCGGGGCAAAAGCGAAACUCGCCGGAGCAAGAGUCCCCGCGCCACCACCGCCGAGAACUCCCCAUCUACCCCGCGCACGCCAAAAUCUCGCGCCUCCGCCCGGAGGAAGUCUCCCGCCUCUGCCACCAAGAAGGGUGGAGACGCAACGCCGCCAGCAUCGUCGUUGGAAAAAGUGGGGGGGCGGCGGCCGUCGCGAAAGACGGCGGCAGUGACGGCCGAGGUUUCGCCUUCGCCGUCCCGAAGUCGUCGCAGCCGCAGCCGAGAGACGUCGAUGACGCCGCGUAAGCGGGCAAAGCCGGCGGCGCCCCGGGAGAGCAACGAUGGGGGGGACGAUGAAGACAAAGAGGAGGAGGAAGCUUUGCCACAGCGGCACCACGGCAAGAAGAGGGCGGUGCUGAGCAGCGAUGACCGCGAAGACGAAUUGUGCACGCCCAAGAAGCGGGCGAGGGGUCCGAGCGCCGGUGCCAAAGAAGAAACGACCGGUGAUGGAACCUCAGCGGAGGUGAAGAAAGUUGGAAGCCCAGGGAUAAUGAGGGAGAGUGUCCGACCUUUGCGAAUGAGGAAGACCAGUCCAUACUUCUCCCGUGCGCGCAUGGCUGAUGGGCUCGCCGCCCUCCACAGGGCGUCCUGGAGGAAGUGGACCCCUCCACGCUCCCCCUUCAACCUCGUGCAGGAGACGCUCUUCCACGACCCCUGGAAGCUCCUGGUCGCCACCAUCUUCCUCAACAAGACCUCCGGCCGUCAGGCCGUUCCGCUGCUCUGGGAGUUCCUCGAGCGGUUCCCGUCGGCCGAGGUGGUGCGGGAGGCGGAUUGGCGAGAGGUGGCGCGCACCAUGCAGCCGCUGGGCCUGCACGCGCUGCGCUCCAAGGCCAUCAUACGCUUCUCAUGCGAGUUUCUGACGAAGAAGUGGCGCUACCCGAUCGAGCUGCACGGCAUUGGGAAGUACGGCAACGACUCCUACCGCAUCUUUUGCGUCAACGAGUGGAAAGAGGUGAAACCACGUGACCACAAGCUCACAGACUACCACCGCUGGUUGUGGGAAAACCACAAGAGUCUGGGACUUGACUGAUGGACUCACUCGCCCUCGUCACGGGAACAAGGAAUUUCCACCACUGGCUCAGCUUUUGUAAAACGGGAGAUGCUGUGCUGCAGGCAUUUAAAGAUGUAUUAAUGAAUCCAUUAAAAGCAGUUAUUCCUCUUGCAUCGAAUUGUGUGCUAAAAAAAUGUUUAAAAAAUAUGUUUUAGCAGGUAAGUCUGACUGAGCUAUGUAGCUAUUUUUCAGAAGCGACCUGGCCACAAAUGAUAGCUAAACGAGAAGUGGCUUAUCGUGUGGAAAUGUAUAGCUGCCAAAUAAUCUAAAUAAUGCUUAAAAGUCGAGUCUGUCUCUACUGCUCACAACCAAUGGUGCAACUGUUCCUAACCGGUUGCAGAUACGUCCAUGAAUAUACAAGCGAUUCAGUUGCACGCAAUCAAGUUGCACGCAACUAAUCGCCCAGGUGUGGACCGACUUUACUUUCCUGCCAUCUAGUUCUGGAAUAUUUUACUGAGGCUAUAAUACUGUACACCAUGGCUUGUUGCACUUUUAAAACAUUUGUAUACCCUUUCGAUUUAAAGCUUUCGUGACUGCAGGGAUUCAUCUUCUUGGUUCUUUCGAUAAAGUCACGUAGAAGACAGUGUCUCCCCGACAGACCUGGUCUUCACCUGAGGACGGCUGCUUGCGUUGUGGCCGAAACGUCGUGAGAAUUAUUUUAUUAUGUUUUAUUUUUAUUAUUUUAUUACUUCCCUUCUACGUGACUUUACCGAAAGAACCAAGAAGAUUUGUAUACCCUCCUUACCUGGAUAUAUUUUGAUGUCGUGCGAAUGCGGAAUUCGAAAUGAUCGGAAACAUGAUACUGUACUGUGAUGUUUGAUCUCGAAGUUAAACUCGUACUCUGUCAUGUUUAAAAAAAAAAGUAUGAAAAUUGUACACUUUUGUAGGAUUUCGCGACCAAUAUAAUCCAUAAUGUAGGUUUUUUUGGGUUAGAUCAUGUAAAUAUAAAUUGGUCGUUAAACCCGCCACCACCCGACACAACCAAUUCGUAACGUUUGUCACGUAAACAGAACAUGCCAAUUCGUUACUAGUGUAACGACUCGCUGACAAGUUAUAUGAAGAGCCACUUUCAUUUGAGGACCCCCACAAUACGGGGCCCGAGGCUUCGUGCUUGUCUUCCAGCUUGUAUCUCCACUCCUCGUGCUCUCACCUUAUAUAUACCUCUGCUACUUGUAUGGAAUGUACCCUCAAUGUAUUUCCCUUAGCCCAGGGGUCGGCAACCUAUGGCUCCGGAGCCGCAUGCGGCUCUUUACGGGCUGCUUUUUGACGAUAUGUACGUAUGUACAGUAUGCAUUGCGGCUCUUGAAAUACUGAAUUUUGUACCGAAUUGGAAAGAAAUGGCUCUUCUUGUUAUUUUGGUUGCCGACCCCUGCCUUAGCCAAUCGCUGUCCUUUCCCUUGAACGGAUCCUAUCCGUCGCCUCUGGGUGACACUUUGUUUCCCGUCUAUUCUCAUUCAAAACUUUUCCUCCAAUCACUUCAAAGGCCUUCCUCCUGACCAAUCCCUGUGGAGGCCUCUUUCCUCCAAUCAGAGACCUUGGUUUAUCUUUGAAUAGCCGUAAGGCUGGACAUUGGCUCAAGGUCAUUGUCGGUCAUUACACUAGUACAGCACUCUCGGGCGAGUUGGUAUGCUAUAGAGUGGUACCUCGGUAUACGUCGUUAAUUCGUUCCAGAAGGUAGGAGGACUUAUACCGAAAAUGACGUAGACCAAACGAACUUUUCCCAUAAGAAAUAAAGGGAAAGGAAAUAAUCCGUUCCAGAGUAUAAGACAUUAUAUUUUAUAUGGCAUAUUAUACAUUAAUGUGGUUGUAUAAAAUAGUUUAGACACUACUUAUUACUAAAAUUCAUGCAUAAAUUAAAAUGAAUGCAUAAAUCUAUUAAAAUAAAUUAAAAUAAAAAUUACAUUUAACAUCACUUUACCUUGCUGAGAGGAGUUGAUAGCCUACGAGGAUGGUGGUGAGGUAGGGGAGGAGACGUGAAUGGGGUCUACGCGGGUACGCGGUGACUCAUCCCGACCCAUACAAGUUCUAGCAAGCACGUUGUAUGCCAAGCAAGGCGUCGUAUCCCAAGACUUUUUUCUCGUCAAAACACGACGUGUACCAAAUUCGACGUAUUUCAAAGCUGUCAUAUACCGAGGUAUGACUGUACUAGUAUAUUUCGAUUUAAAGCUUUCGUGACUGCAGGGAUUCAUCUUCUUGGUUCUUUCGGUAAAGUCACG